AUGCUUGCAAAAUUCGGCUUGGUUAGCUCGAUGGCGCUGGUCGCCGUGGCCAACGCCAUCCUCCUACCGCCUCAGAUGGCUGACGACUUCCCGGGCAUCGAAUCGCUCGGAACACCAGCGCAGCUAGACCCCUACAGGCGCGAUGUUUUGCUCGAGUGUCCCACAUGCCCCAGGGCGACGGCGGAGGGUUCGUUCUACAAGCUCGCCUGGGCCGGGGACACUGGAAACUCUUUCCUUCUCAGUUUCGAAGUCGGCCCUGAUCGCAAGACCCUGCUCCUCGACGGCGUCCAGAUAUAUCCGCGCUCGUUCGAGAGUGCUAUGGGCCCUCCUCAGUUCUUCGACGUCACCCAAUAUGGCGCCAACGACCCGCUUCCCUUGGGCGUUACCGGCUAUACCACCUUCUACCCUUCGGCUCCAGUACACAAGGACAGCGGCCUCGAUCUGAUUCCCGUCACCCUCAUCAUUGAACAGAUUGGAUACCAGCCCAUGCGUGUUCCUCCGCUCACCAUCUACCUCCUGCAGGACGCCGACGGACAUGUCAUGAUUGCGUCGUUCAAGAGCGACGGCUCUGCUCAAGCACAAGAAGACUGCAAGGACUGGCUGUCCUGCAAGUUGGAGGCUCUAAAGGACAAGUUCCACAGCAUGGCAAGCGCAAUGAAACAUGGGUGCCACAAGCUCAAGGGGGGUGCGGUGGGACAGGUCGCGAAUGAUGGAGACGAGCGGCACCAUCACGGCGGCCACCACCAUCCUGAAGGUGACCAUCGUGACGGCAACCGCCCCCACCACCACCACGGCCACAAGCACCACGAUCACAAGCAGCACAAGCACAAGGCUAACGCCUUCAUGCGUAUCGGAGCUCCCAUGCUCCUGGGCGCCAUGAUUGUGUGGCUCCUGUGGGCUGUAGCCUGGAGCGUCUACUAUGUUGUUGUGGGCGUCAAUGAGAUGUACCGUGGCCGCUCCUUUGUGUGGGUUCCCGAGGAGGGCGAGACCAACUACGCUGUGCUCCCUCAAUGCGAGGCUCCUCCUGUUUAUGAAGAGGUGGCUGAGAAGGAGGUGGUUGUGGAGGAGAAGAAUUAG